AUGUGUACCGAUCAAAGUUCUAAUAAGCUCUACUCCACCAUCCAGUUCCCUGGCUCCUUGAACCAGCCUACCAAUGAAACCAUCGAGUCCAUCGUUGUCUAUGUCCGAGCCGUUCAGAUCCACCUGUUUGAACCUAUCAAUAUCGCCUGCAAGGUCUUUACGCGACUCCAAAGCAUCCAGCUCGAACUCCGUAUACGAGAUCCCUCGACGUGGACGCUGUUUGCGCUCCUGGUCCGCCAGAACACACACACCCGGGAGCUCAGCAUGUCGCAUAUAGGUCCCUGGUCUUGCAGAAGUUUAUGGAGACUGAUGACGGAUAUGUCUCUGUUGAUCUCGAAGAGACCAUCGUUCUACUUCGAGACGUGUCUGUACACGGAUUUGGAGGUGAUAUCCAGCAUAGUUGAUAUCACCCUAAUCCAUCGAUGUAAGCACCUGUCCAAGACCUGGGAACUUUACUUUGACACCGGCACAAAGAACUUGGGCUUGAACGAUAUGGAUAAUACCCUCAAGGCACAUUAG